UCAAUUCCGAAAUAUCAGCUCUUGGCAUAAAUUGAGUUCCAUUCAAACUUUCCUAUCUCUUUUUAAAUAAGUUUUCUUGGAGAAGGGGUGAUUGGGUUUGGUCUAUCUGAUAUCUCUCUCUUCUCUUUUGUCUCGUCCGAGUAAUCUCUGAUCUUUUCCAGAUCUCUAGCUAACAUGGCUUCUACAAACAGAUGGCUCAGACCUGAGGUGUAUCCGCUAUUUGCAUCGGUCAGCGUCGCUGUUGGCAUUUGUGCCAUGCAACUUGUGAGGAAUAUCACCACUAACCCUGAAGUGAGGGUGACCAAAGAGAACAGGACUGCUGGAAUUCUUGAGAACCAUGAAGAAGGUGAGAGAUAUGCAGAACAUGGACUCAGGAAGUUUGUCCGCAAGAGGCAGCCUCAGAUUAUGCCAUCCGUCAAUAACUUCUUCUCUGACCCAAAUUAAAGCGAAUGCUGAAUUCAUCCACCUUGUAGGUUGAGAAUGUUUUGGUCAUGAGAUUUUUAUUGAAUUGGAGAAAGUUGGACAAUGAGAUUGUUUUUCUAAAUAAAGGGCUUAGUGCAUAAGACAAUACUUUUGUUGAUUGACAAGUUGUUGAGAUAUUCUUCUUGAAUAAUAAAAUUAUCGAAAAUCAUUCCCCUUUCUUUUUU